ACUAGUGAUAUUAUGACUUUUAACAAUCAUGGCUACUCUUGAGGACGAACAAAGCAUCGUUGAUUCAGCCACAGAAUCUCGGCGUUCUUCAGGAUCGCAGCUAAGUCCGACUGAAAUUACGAGGUCUGUCAAUCUGCAGAGAAAUGCACAACGGAAAUCUCAAGUCAGAAGUUUUCCAAGAACAAAGAAGUUGGAAAAAUUAGGCGUUUACUCUUCCUGCAAGGCAGAUGAAGCGUGCAAGUGCAAUGGCUGGAAGAACCCUAACCCCCCUCCUACCCCGACACAGCCUGCUAGACUGGAUGUAACCACACCAUUGGCUAGCCGUUCAGACCCAUGCAAGAGCUGUGGUCAUCAACUCGCUGCGCACGUAUCCCAUCUGGAGGACGUUGCCGAGGAGGAGAUCGACAGACUCCUGGGCAUCGUAGUCGACGUCGAACACCUCUUCAUGUCCGUUCACAAGGAAGAGGAUGCAGACACAAAGCAGGUCUACUUCCAUCUAUUCAAGCUCCUGAGGAAGUGCAUCCUGCAGAUGAGUUCACCGUCCGUAGAAGGUCCUUUGGGUCGCCCUCCGUUUGAGAAACCAAGUAUUGCUAAGGGGGUGUCCAACUUUGUCCACUUCAAGUUUGGUCACCUGGUCCACAAGGAUUGGAUGACGAUGUACGACCUUGCCAAGAUGUUUCUUCACUGUAUGAACCAUUGGAAGUUAGAGACGCCCACAGCCAGGAAGCAAAGAGCGCAGGUGGAUGAAGCAGGUGCAUACAAGGUCACCUACACAAGAUGGCUGUGCUACUGCCAUGUGCCAUCUUUCUGCGACAGUCUACAGCAUCAUGAACCAACGGAUAUCUUCGGUCGGACUCUCUUGAAGACGGUGUUCCCUGCGAUGAAGCGGCAGGUCUUAGACAUGCUACGAUCAGAGAAAGACAACAUGCCUGCUGAGAAACGCAAUCUGGUGCUGACUCACUUUCCAAGAUUCCUAGCAAUGCUAGAGGAGGAAGCAUUCAACAGUAGUUCACCUAUCUGGGACCCUGAGUUUACCCCAGUCCAGGAAGCAGUACCAAUGGCCUCACCGGACGAGAACACCGAGCUGGAGGAUCCAUUGGACCCCUCUGCCCAAGCGCUUGGUCGGAUCACCGUGACGACCACGACAGGAGUGCCCUCUUUGGCAGAUGGGCAUACGACCUUUAACCUCAGUCCAGGGUUGGUGAACGUGAGAAGAGCUGCAAGAUUAAGUGCUCUCGCUGCCACUCAAGCCACUGAUAAACGUAAAAUUGAUGAAUUACCGACUGAGGAAGAAAUCAAGAGGCAGCGACUAGAGGAGGAUAUUCCAGAUAAUAUUCUAGGUGAGGUGCUAUCAACCGUUACAGACCCUGCUGCCAUGGUAGGCCCAGAGGGUAAUCUGUUUGCUGCUCACUCUGCCCGUGAUGAGGCUGCAAGGAACGAGGAGAGGAGAGGGGUGAUAGAGUUCCAUGUCAUCGGUAAUUCAGUCACACGGAAACCUUCAAGACAAACACUCAUAUGGUUGGUGGGUCUACAGAAUGUCUUCUCACAUCAGCUACCGAGAAUGCCCAAGGAAUACAUCACCAGACUCGUAUUCGAUACAAAGCACAAGACACUGGCAUUAGUGAAGGAGAACAGAGUAAUAGGCGGAGUCUGUUUCAGAAUGUUUCCAACCCAAGGAUUCACAGAGAUUGUCUUCUGUGCCGUCACUUCUAAUGAGCAAGUCAAGGGUUAUGGUACCCAUCUAAUGAAUCAUCUCAAGGAUUAUCAUGUCAAGCAUGGUGUUCUUCAUUUCCUAACAUUCGCUGAUGAGUUUGCCAUCGGAUACUUCAAGAAACAGGGUUUCUCAAAAGACAUCAAGAUGCCCAAGUCCAGUUAUGCUGGUUAUAUCAAGGACUAUGAGGGCGCUACACUCAUGGGCUGUCAGCUCAACCCACGUAUACCGCACACUGAGUUCUCUCUCAUCAUACACAGACAGAAAAAGAUUGUGAAGAAGCUGAUUGAGAUGAAGCAGCAUGAAGAGAGAAGUGUCUAUCCUGGCCUGACAUGCUUCAAAGAAGGCGUCAGGCAGAUACCGAUGGAGAGUAUUCCUGGUCUAGUGGAUGCUGGAUGGAGACCGGUCAGAGAGAAACCAAAGGUCACUCCACUGAACGAGGAACAGGUCCAGUCUGCAUUCAAGACCGUCUUGACCGCUGUAAAGAAUCACAACAGUGCGUGGCCUUUCUUGAAACCAGUAGAAAAGAACGAAGCACCAGACUACUAUGAGCACAUCAAGUAUCCUAUGGAUUUGAAGACAAUGACCGAGCGCUUCAAAGGAAAGUAUUACAGCUCUCGGAAGCUCUUCAUCGCCGACAUGCAACGGGUCUUUAGCAACUGCAGAGCAUACAAUGCAGCAGACACAGAAUACGUUCGCUGUGCAAACACCCUGGAACGCUUCUUCCUGAACAAGAUCAAGGAACUUGGCAUCGUAGACAAAUGAAAACCUUGAAAUGUGGGAUUAAAAGACCCUCUGUAUUUUGCAAGGGAUUUUUCAAGGGAUUUAAAGAUCUAGAAAAUAAGUAAAUUAGAGGUGAUACGAAUUCUGUUUGAAUUUUCAGUUGCAUGUCAGAGAGAUAGUGAAGUCUAAAAAAAGCCCUACUAUAUUUUGCUGUUUUCAGAAUGCUUGCAGAUAUGGAAAAGUCUUGAUUUUCUUGGACAGAGGUGAUGCAAAAUUUGAUGCAAAAGUUUGAGGAGGAUUUUUCAGUUUCAUGUCAGAGAGACAGUGAAGUCUGACAAAAGCAUUGAAAAAAUGACAGAUUUACAAUCAACGGAUCUUUGAUUUCUGUUCUGUAGCUCUUGUUCAAAAUAUGGAAGAACUCUGGUACUUCUCGCAGAAGAAAGUAUUUGAAUACUUUAGACGGAGCCAUGUGGGUUGCAUGUUGUUUCAUGGACCUCCUGUAAAGCUGAGUCCAGGAAUCUUGUUUACAACUCUGAACUUGAGGAAAAGUACAGGAGGUGCGAUGGCUCAGUGGUAGACCAGUGGUCUCGUAACCAGGAGGUCCCGGGUUCAAAACCAAGUCAUUGAGCUCAUGCUCUUAAGUAAGGCUUCAAUCCU